AUGGACACUGUGGAAGCUUCGAAGGUGGACCGCUUGCCAGUUCGCGGCUCUGCUUCGAAGGUGCUAGAGGAUGUUGCUGUCCCAGAAGGCUACGUCCCUGGCAGCUUCCUGCAGAAGUUCAUGGAGGGGAACUUAGCAGAGGCGGUGGCGAUGGAUGCUGCACCAAGAUGCAGUGCUGAUGCAUGGACUGCCGAUGAUGGUGCCUCGGCUGAUGCACCAAAAGCAGCCACUGAUGUAGGUGCCUCGGCUGAUGCGCCGAAAGCAGCCGAUGAUGCAGCGCAUGAAGGUGGUGGUGGUGGUGGUGGUGGCAGCGUGCUUCCUGCACCACCACCACCACCACCACCGCCAGCACCAACUGCAGUGAAGACCAUAAAGGUCAAGGCCAUGCCAAGACCUCGCCCUGCACACCCGAAAGGGCAGCCGCCGCCGAAGCAUGUGGCCGUGGUCAAUGUGGACGAUGAGAGCUGCAGCUCUCCCAGCUCGAGCUGGAAGACCCCUGCUGCAAUGGUGCAGCACGAUGCAGAUGGCUCCUGGCAGACCUGGCAGCAUGGAGAUGCCUCCAACAGCUGGAAGACCCCUGCUGCAAUGUUGCAGCACGAUGCUGAUGGCUCCUGGCAGACCUGGCAGCAUGGAGAUGCCUCCAACAGCUGGAAGACCCCUGCUGCAAUGUUGCAGCACGAUGCUGAUGGCUCCUGGCAGACCUGGCAGCAUGGAGAUGCCUCCCAGAGCCAGACCGCGUGGCAUGCAGAUGGCGCCAACUGGCACCAUGCCACUGCAUGCAUGUCGCAGACGGUUCAGUCAGAUGGAUGGAGCGCGAACCGAGAGGUCAGCUGGUCCAUGGAGUGGCACAAGGAUGGCGAGAACCAGCCGCAGAAGCGCAUCAGAGAUGCAAGCAACCGAAGGCGUGGAGGCUGGAAGUACCAGAAGGCCCAGGCAAAUCGCCAGAUGGCCAUGGAGCGGCAAGAGCAGGGGGAACGUAUCGACCAUGCCCUGGAGAUCAUGGGCUCUCUGGCUAGAUCGACUAUGUGCUUCACCAUCUUCAACUGCAGGAGUCCCGAAAGGAAGUCCAUCCAUGCCAAUGGAAAGCAGGCCGAAUGGAAGUUUGCAUGCCGAAGUUGCCAUCAACAACAGAAAGUCCUUGCGGACAGGGCCCUAUAUCACUGGCGACGAGCCGAUUGGUGCUUCCAUACCCUAUCCAGAAAUGGUAUGGCUUUGGAUCUGCUUCAGCACGUGAAGGAUGGGCAUUUCACUGUCGGUGAAGACAUAUACCAUCAACGCCGUGAAGACUUGCAGGACAUGUCACUUGGCCACCGUCCGGUGGCCAUCGCCGCUACGGUGAUGCUCCUGCAGAUCCCAGGAACUGCAAACUAUAUCCAUGACGUGGGCUACCUUGCGCGCGGCAGAUGGUAUGAAAGCUAUGCUGGGAUGCUGCAGCUUCGCGAUGAUCACUGGAGUGUUCAUGUUGUCGAGCUCUUUGCUUGGCAUUUGUUCCAUUGCCUGAUGUACUGUUGCGUGGAUCGGGACGGCCUUGAAGCCAUGGUGCGAGAUGAACAUGAUUGGGAUCAGGUGAGCAGCUGGGUGUGGACGAGGUUGGACAUCAACUACAUCUACUUUGAAGAUUGCAAUGAUCAGGUCAAAGGACUAUGUGCAUCACCACCUUCAACUGCAGGUGGGCAAUACGCGCGCCAUGGGAAGACCGGUGCCAAGGGUCUCACAUGGAUAUUCUGGCAUGGUCGAUUAAUCCAACCAAUGGACAUGGAGAAGAAAUAG